AGGAGGAGGUACCAAUUCCCAAACCUAGCUCCAACGGUACCUUUCCAGUGCGAGCGAGCAAGCCCCGAGUCUUUUCCCAGUUGUGAUUUUUGAAAUCGAGCUUCUGGUUCUUGCUGAGUUCCGAAAUUUAUUUCUCAGUCUCUCUUAUUUCCACCGAAUCCCUCAUAUUUCUCACCCAAAAUCAAAGAACAACACACAGAAAACCAGAGUAAAGCAAAUAAUCAAAGUUGUGUAUCAGCACGCUGACGAUGAUGACUACUGCUAAGCGCCUCGCAUUUCUCCCACAACUCGGGUACGUUCACUCAGUCCCAUUUCUCUCUAGGCCAUUUUGCUCCGGAAACCCGUCUCUAAACGACGACGUUGAGACGGUUUUUCGCAUAAUCAGUAGCUCUACUACUUCGAAAAACUUGAAGCAAUCGUUGAAAUCUAGUGGGGUUUUCCUCUCAAAUGAUUUGAUUGAUAAGGUUCUGAAAAGGGUCAGGUUCAGCCAUGGAAACCCUUCACAGGCCUUGGAGUUUUUCAAUUACACUGGUUAUAGAAGAGGGUUUUAUCACACUGCUUUUUCGUUGGAUACGAUGCUUUAUAUACUUGGUAGGAAUCGGGCGUUUUAUACAAUUUGGGAGCUUUUGAUUGAAAUGAAGCAAAAAGAUCGGUCCCUGAUAUCGCAGCGAACAGUUAUGGUCGUUUUAGGUAGAAUUGCUAAGGUUUGUUCGGUUAGGCAGACUGUAGAGUCAUUUAGAAAGUUUAAGAAGCUCGUGCCGGAGUUUGAUACGGGUUGUUUUAAUGCGUUGUUAAGGACUUUGUGUCAAGAGAAGACUAUGGCAGAUGCGAGGAAUGUUUAUCAUAGUUUGAAGAAUCAGUUUAAGCCGAAUUUGCAGACUUUUAAUAUACUGUUGUCGGGGUGGAAGUCCUCGGAGGAGGCCAAGGAGUUCUUUGAGGAGAUGAGGGAAAUGGGUGUGAAGCCAGAUAUUGUUUCAUAUAAUUGUUUGGUUGAUGCUUAUUGUAAGGGAAGAGAAGUGGACAUGGCAUAUAAGGUGGUUGAGAACAUGCGGGAUGAGGAUAUAUCGCCGGAUGUGAUCACGUAUACUAGUCUUAUUGGAGGCCUGGGGUUGAUUGGUCAGCCAGAUAAGGCUAGAGAUGUUUUGAAGGAAAUGAAGGAAUAUGGGUGUUACCCAGAUGCUGCUGCAUAUAAUGCUGCUAUAAGGAAUUAUUGUAUUGCAAAGAGGCUUGGUGAAGCUUAUAAAUUGAUGGAUGAGAUGCUGAACAAGGGUUUAAAUCCAAAUGCAACUACGUACAAUUUAUUUUUCAGGGUUUUCUUCUGGUCGAAUGAUUUGUCAAGUUCCUGGAAUUUGUACCGGAGGAUGAUGGAUACUGGAUGCUUGCCAAAUACACAGUCUUGUAUGUUCCUAAUUAGGUUGUUUAAGAGGCAGGAAAAGAUGGAGAUGGCUCUACAGUUAUGGGCUGACAUGGUGGAGAAGGGUUUUGGGUCUUAUACCUUGGUAUCUGAUGUGUUGUUUGAUUUUCUGUGUGAUAUGGGAAAGUUGGUGGAAGCAGAGAAGUGUUUUUUGCAGAUGGUAGAGAAGGGGCAUAAGCCAAGCCAGGUUUCUUUUAGAAGGAUCAAGGUGCUCAUGGAACUUGCGAACAAGCAUAAUGCCCUAGAGAACUUGUCAGAGAAAAUGGCCAUUUUUGGGCGUUUGGUCCAUGUUCCUAAAUGUGUAGAUAGCCCAACUGAUCCAUUAGAUUUGGACUCAUUUCCGGUAAAUCACACUUUUGUGACCAAUCAUGGCCAUAGGAGGUGCUAAGAGAUGCAACAGAAGUUGUCCGACGACUGAGCCACUUGAACCACUUUGACUUAUAACUUAAGCAAAACUGAAUUUAUAAAGAUUCAUCAAUUGAUUGGUUUACCACCUAUUGGCAUGUGCUUUCUUCUGUUGAAAGUGAAAGCUUCUCCCUCAGAUUAACAGCAUCCCAAGGCUGUUGCAGACAGCCAUAACAAUUUCUUGUCUUGAAGAAGUAAACCUUGUGUAGCAUCACUCAGGGAUGGGAAGUUCUUUCUAUUGUUGGCAGUGGCACACUUCCUCUUAGCUUCUCAGCUUGGAAAUGGGGACCCUCACCUAACAUAGCUCUUGAUUUUUCAUAUAUGUAGGGUUUAAUUUGGAGAUCAUGGUUGGGGAGUUUGCCUACAACACUCAAUCUGUCAAUGAAGUGCAGCUUUUUGACCUUCAGCGUCAACCUGAUUCAAUGGGAUACUUGCUGCUCACAAAUGAUUAUUUCCAUGAUCUGCUGGCCAGGAUCUUGCAGUGCAGUCAUCUGGCGAGAUUUAGUGGGAAUGUACUGUUGAAUAAGGUUUUGCUUAGACUAUAUAAUCUACAAGAGUAUUAAGAAAGCUCUACAAUACAUAUGUUCUUUCAUCUUAUCUAAGAUAGUGUUGGAUUA